AUGAGUUCAGUCCAGUGGUUAGAAAAAAACGGAAAGGAAAAAUGGACAAAAGAAUUAUUUGAUCAAUAUGUUGGUACUGAACAUGGAAAAUGGUGUGGUGUUAUUGAAAGAAUUAUGGUUGGAAAUAAUUGGGCUUAUAAAGUUAAAACAAUGCAAUUAAUAAAAAACAAUAUUGAAAAUGUAAAUGAUGAAAAAUUAGCAAUUACACUUUAUCAUUUUGUUGUAGGUGCUAUUUUAGAUCAUUGUGACCAAGUAGUUAAAGAAGCAAUUUUGUUAUAUAAGUAUAUGUUACAUUAUUUAAUAUUUAGAAAAGUUAGUAAUGACACAAUUAAAUUAAUUUUAAUUGAAAUUGUUGUGAGUGAAUGGAAAGAAUUAAGAUUUGAUUGUUAUGAUGUUUUUUGCUUAGACUCAUUAGAUGAUAGAAUGAUUUUAUCAUUAUUUACUGUUUGUUAUUUUAAACAUAAAGUUUAUUGA